AUGUCGUUCCAUCCUGCCUCCCAGCUUCUGGCGGAGAUGCAGUCUCAGGCUGCCAUCAUCUGCAACAACCCAUACCACAAUGGCCCGGCAGCAACUGAGCCUGCCACCACCAUGCUUAAAGAUAUGACCAAGGAUUGUGUUCACUUUGCUGCCUCAGGGGCGGCGGGUGGUCUGCCAGAACACUUUGGCAUGAAGCUGGCUAAUUGCAUCCAGGUGGGCUUUCCUGCCCUCUACUACCCACUCAACAGCCUGCACAGGUACAACAUCCAGCCCCCUGCGCCACAAGCCCACUACUAUGAGAAGCCAACUGACCCCACCUGGGAUGAAAUGCACCUCAUUGCCAAGCACAUGCCCCUCCGGAUGAUUGGCUCUCACACCGAUGGGCUGGACAGCCCUGGGAUGAAUUGGCAUGACUGGGGUCAUGCCUUCCUGAACAUUGUCUGCAAGAUGGCCUUCUGGCAUAACUUUGUCCUGCAGCUGUGUGACUAUCUUACCUUCCAGGACUGUGUCCUCAGGCACCAGAUUACCUGGGUCUUUACAACCUGCACCAACUCUGGCUGCAUGGGCCAGCCUCAAACAUACAGCUGGUGCUUGUGCAAGAUGUGGAGGGAUCCUGAGCUGCUUGACAUGUUCAACCACUUCAAUGACCUGUUCACCAAGAAGGUUGCCAUCUGCAGUUGUAACCUGGUCACCAUGCACCUGUGUUCCACCAUGCUGGCUGCUGAGCAUGGGACAGUGAUCCUGACUGCUGGCCUGGAGGACCUGUUCUCCUCCUUUGACAUCCUGGAGAACAAGGAGCAUAACCACAACCAUGACAUGACCAACCCGGUCGACAACCUGGCCACUCCCCACCUGGCCUUGCUGAAUGCCAAUGCCCACAAGCUGGCCUUCCACUUCAACAUUGACCUGGCCAAGUCAGUCAUGCUGUCUGACAGGCUGGCAACCAUGAUCAAUGACCUUGCUGAUGUUCUCGAGCUCACCCCUGCCUGCCACAGGAGCCUGGAUGAGUUGGUGUGGGCUCUCCUUGCCAGCAAGCAUCUGGACUACCGGGUGCCCUGCCUGGUCAAGGAGUUCAAGUGCAUGUCCACAGACAAUGCCUGGAUCAUGGCCCAGUGCAUGGCCUUUGAUAAGCUGGUGGGUGUUGCAGAUGCAACCUUUGCCUGCAUGUCCUCCUCAUCUCUCUGGGCUGCAUGCACACAGGCCAAUUGCGCCAAGCAUGCCCAUGCCCACUCAUUGGGCCAGCAGGUCAUUUGCAACCUGCAGGACAGCAUUGACCAGGCAGCAGAGGAAGCAGGGAUAUCUGUGGAGAAGAUGCAGGCCUUCAUCAUUAUUCACCAGAUUACAGAAGAAUUUCAGGCCCAAGGCACACCAUUUAACCUGCAUCUUCAUCAAGACCAUUGGCAGGACUGCCUGGCUCACCUCCAGGAUGAUCCAGCUGGUGCUGAGGCAGGUAGACAAGCCCUGGCAGCAUAUUGGGCAGAGAAACCACAGCAGGUCCAGGUGAACCACUGGGGAAGACAAGCAGACGCUGUGGCUACUGGCAGGGCACUCCAGAAUGAGGUUGAAGCAUUUCAUGCUUGCACUUGCAGGCACAUAGUGGGAUUUGCUGUAUGGGGGGACAGGUUUGACUACCAGCAACCCCACUUCUUUGGCAAUGACAUGGGCUGGGCCUUUUUCAAAGACCUGCUGGGGAAGAAUGUCCAGGACUUGGCCGUGGAUUUUGAGAUGUUUGCAACACAGGGCAUGCGAGGCUUGGCAUGCCGAGCCAGCUCUCAAAAGCUGGAGCUCAAGCAGAAUGUUCAGUGGCUACUGCUUGCCAAGCUUCAUAUGCCUGCCCAAAUUGCAGCCUCUGUUGCCAGAGCUGAUGUCUGCUAG